AUGGCCACUUCAGCUUCACCACCAUGUUCGAUGGCUUCAGUACCCAAGCUCACUAGCUCACCCUCCUCCUCGCGACCAUCGUUAUCUCUCGAUAUCGCCAACAUGCCCCCACUCUCCCAGCCAACACCACCCUCCAACACCCUCCUAAUCACUGAUCUCCACGAUCUCCUCGUCUUUCAACCCCAAGCACUGGAAGAAAUCCGCAACCAAAUUACAGCCGUGGCACCUCUAAACUCUUUCUCCCCACUCCCCUCCAUGCGCCGCAUCGUGUGCUCCUUCAACAACGAGACCGACGCCACUGCCGUGCGCAAACUCCUGGACGGCCAGCGCCUCCUAAACCGGGACGUGUACCCUCGGAUCUACUUCGGCGAGCCAACCGCAAUCUCAGACGGCGGCCGACCAAAACUCCUUGAGGCCCCGCAAGUCUCCAAGAUGUUCUUUAUCUCACCGCCGCCCAGCCCGCCACACGGAUGGGUCGUGCGCAACGAAGGCCCGCCCAACAAAGAAGUCCAUGCCACGGAUCUGGCGCAUGCUCUGUCCCAGCUGAAUACCGACCAGGCGUCCCAGCCUGAGAUGUCUGCAGCCGACCCCGCGACUCCCGUCUCUAUCUCUUCCGAUAGGCGCACGCCCAGCUGGCCGCUUGCUGGCUCCCAGCAGCGUAGCAGGAGCAGCACCAUCAUCUAUCACCCCGAGGACCAUGGCAGUAGCCCCGCUCUUCCCGCGGUUAUGGUUGAGGAUAUGACGGUGGAUCCUGAAGAUGAGGAUGUCGAUAUGGAUGCUGCGAUGAGCCCAAUUGAGAUGUCGGUUAACCAGAUGCCACCUAAGACUGCUCGUCCACCGGUUGAGUUGAUGGAGUGA